CACGCGCGACAGCAGGUUUUGGCGACAAUCCUGUUUGACGUGCCAGCGCGGCCGCCCACUUCAGGGAAGAUACCAGGAUUUCAUGCGCCACAGUCCAUCCAACAAUGCUGCCUUGCUUGGAAUUGUAUUCUUGCUUGGAGGUGGGAAUCAUGGCGGUGACAUCACGUUUCGUCUCGUUGUUGGACGGAUGAAGGACUCUUUCCUCUUAAUCGAUGGUCUUACUUAGUUCGCGAUAAAACGUGAAGGUGUAAAGCGAAAUGUCGAAAUUGGAGCAAGUCAAACAGCAGAGCACGGAGCUCGAAGGAAGCAUGCAAAAGAUCAAAAUGGUAGACAACGAAGCGAAGCAAAAGGCCGCUUCUGCUCCGGCUGCGAAGACGCCGGCCAAGAAGCCGGCUGGAAGCACUCCGUCGAAACCGGCGGCGACAAAGAUUGCCGCAAAGCCGCCUGCUUCUGGGACUAGUCAGACCGCCUCGACGACACCAAAGCCCGCGAGCGCCACGGCCAAGACGGCGACUGCGCAGACGUCGAGUCCGGCUGCGAAAGCUCAAGCGACGACUGGCACUGCGUCGAAGAACGCUGCUGAAACCAAAAAGCCUGUCCCGAGUCAGCCAAAGCAAAGUCCAGCAUCGGCUGUGGCCAAGAAGCCUGCUGUGGCCACCACUGGUCAAAACAAGGCGGCAGCUCCAACGCAAAAGGCUCCACAGGCGGUUGCCACUCCCGCCGCGGCUCCGGCGAAGAAGAAACCGAUUCCGGCGCCUGUCAAGCCGCAGAACAAACCGACGGCGGGCCAGACGAGCCAGGCGAAGACGGGAACGACGCCGGUGAAGAAACAGCCUGCGCAAGCUGGAGGGGAUGGCGGUGGUGCAGCGCAGCCGGCUGGUGCCACGAACAAAGCCGUCACCGAGAAGACGAACCAAGCGACCGGCACUCUGAACAAAGCGACGGACACAGCAACUGGAACUGUGACCAAAGGCACGAAUGCCGUGACGGGAGGUGUGGACAAGGCCACUGGCGGAAAGGCUGCUCCUGUGACAGGCAAAGUUGGACAAGUGGCUGGCGGCACGGCGAAGACUGCCGGAUCUGCCGUCAAAGGUGUAAGCAGCACUGCCGGCCGCACUGUCGGCAAUGUCUCGAAGACUGGUGCUGGAGUUGUGGGAAAUGUAGCCAAUACGGGAUAUCAGACGGCCGCGGCUGCUAGAAAGGGUGAUGUGAAGGGCACUGCGAAAGGCUUGGCUUCUGGUACUGGACAGACCGUUGCCGGAGCCGGUAAAGGUGUCGGAGAUACGGUAUCUGGAGUCGGCAAGGGGCUUGAUUCGACGGUCGGUGGUGUUGGUGGGAGUCUCGGCGACACGGUCGGCGGCCCCGCUGGACCGACUGUGAAGAAUGCAACAGGAAAUGUGGGCAAGACUGCCAAAGCUGCAACAGGCGGUCUCGGGAAGACGGUCGGCGACACGGCCGGUGCAGUGGGAAAGGGUGACAUGAAAGGAGCUGCCGCAGGCGCAACCGGAGGAGCCGGACAAACCGUAUCUGGUACUGGAAAAGGUGUCGGAGAUACUGUCGAGGGACUGGGUGACAAAGUGGGUGAUCAGAUCCCCAACAAGCGUGUCGGAGGAGCAGUGUCUGGCGUAACCAAGGGCGUCGGCGAUACCGUCAGCGGAGUGACUGGCGGAGUGGGAGAGGGUGUCGGGAAGAUAGGCAAAGGAGAUGUCCUCGGCGGCGUAGGGUCUGUGGGUAGCGGCGUCGGUCGAGGUGUCGGUGGUCUGGCCAGGGGUGUAUGGGGCGGCAUCUCCGGUUCCAACCAGAAAGAAAAGGACGCAAAAGCAGCAAAGGAGGAAGCGGAUAGCGGAGAAGGCGAGGGAGAGGAGGAGGAAUCGGCGGCAGGUCAGAAGAGCUUCUUCUAGACGCGUGAUGCGCGAAUGAAUGGCCUCUUCUUGGCGACGGCCUCGGUCGCCGGGCAAUAGCAGAAUGUUAGGAUGACACCGAUGUUCGAUAAGAGUCUGUUAUGCAAAUGACAUGGCAGUUCGGCUGAACCUCGUCACCACUUAAGAAUCCUAGAAAUUGAUUCUUUUAGCCAGCACGUCUAACCAAUGACUCGCAGCAGCAAUUGAUCUGUUUGAGUCGAACAUUGGCCGCAAAAAGUCACAACCUGUUGGGGUCCUACGAGUCUCGCCUUGCUUCUCCCUGAAAAGGAGUUUCGUUUUUUGACCUUUUGGAG